AUCACAUGUGACCACCACCACCAGAGCGAAGCGCAGUCGUAAGCCACAGUCGAAGACAUGGCGUCGAAGGUCCGCCAGCGGAAUUACAGGCGGGGGAGUAAACUCAUUGAUCCAAAUGAAAUCCCCCUUGAGGAACUGCGGUUGUUACAAGAGGAGAAAGCUGAGGAGGAGAGUAAAAGCGAAGAUUUGGACCCAGAAUUAGAGGAAGAUGUAGGUGAGGAAGUUGCCCCCUUUGAUAAUUUCAGGUCUCCCACCAAGCCUAGCCAGGUCUGGGCUCCCGAGGGCUCCACUGCUUUCAAGUGCCUGGUGUCCGCCCGCUUCUGUGCAGCAUUGCUCAGCAACAUCUCAGACUGCGAUGAAACUUUCAACUACUGGGAGCCAACUCACUAUCUGCUGUAUGGCCAAGGCAUGCAAACAUGGGAGUACUCUCCCACAUACGCCAUCCGCUCCUAUGCGUACCUUUGGCUCCACGCUCUGCCAGCCUACUUCCACGCCAAAAUACUGAAGACUAACAAGGUGCUUGUGUUUUACUUCCUGCGCUGUGUCCUGGCUUUUGCCUGCUGUGUAUGUGAGCUCUAUUUCUACAAGGCAGUAUGCAAGAAGUUUGGCUUACACGUCGGCCGCCUCAUGCUGGCCUUUCUGGUGCUGGGUGCCGGAAUGUUCUGCUCCUCUGCAGCGUUCCUGCCGAGCACCUUCUGCAUGUACACCACGGUGGUGGCCAUGACAGGCUGGUACCAGAGCCGCCUGGACAUCGCGGUGCUGGGGGUGGCCGCAGGGGCCAUCAUCGGCUGGCCCUUCAGCGCUCUGCUGGGAUUACCCAUCGCCUUUGAUUUUCUGGUGCGUAGGAAAAGAUGGAAGCACUUUUCCAUCUGGGUUGGAAUUUCUCUUCUCAUCUUCCUGCUUCCUGUGGUGUUAAUAGACAGUUACCACUAUGGCAAGCUGGUGAUCGCUCCUUUGAACAUCGUCCUGUACAACGUCUUCUCUUCACAUGGCCCAGAUCUCUAUGGCACAGAGCCAUGGCACUUCUACUUUGUAAACGGAGUCCUGAACUUUAAUGUUGUGUUUGUGCUGGCCUUGUUUGCCCUCCCCCUGACUGCUUUGAUGGAGGCUCUCCUCAAGAGGUUUAAUGUUCAAAACCUGGGCCGUCCCUACUGGCUGACGUUGUCCCCCAUGUACCUGUGGAUGCUGGUCUUCUUCACCCAGGCCCAUAAGGAGGAGCGCUUCCUCUUCCCCAUAUACCCCCUCAUCUGCCUCUGUGGAGCCGUGGCUCUCUCCUCCCUACAGAAAUGCUACCACUUCCUAUUCCAACGGUAUCGAUUGGAGCACUACACGGUGUCCUCUAACUGGCUGGCUCUGGGUUGCGUGCUCUUCUUCGGCGUGCUGUCACUCUCUCGAUCCGUGGCAGUCUUCAGAGGUUACCAUGCCCCAUUGGACCUGUACCCAGAGUUCCAUCGCAUCGCGACAGACCCCAGCAUUCACACGGUGCCAGAGGACAGACAAGUCAACGUGUGUGUUGGCAAGGAGUGGUACCGCUUCCCCAGCAGCUUCCUCCUCCCCAAAGAUUGGCAGCUGCAGUUUAUCCAGUCAGAAUUCCGAGGUCAGCUUCCCAAGCCGUACUCCAGUGAACCAUGGGCAACUUCCGAGAUUCCUGAGGACAUGAACGAUCAAAACCUGGAGGAGACAUCACGAUACGUGGAGCUGAAGCAGUGUCACUACCUGGUGGAUUUGGACCUGGACAUAGAGGCGCCACGAGAGCCACGCUACGCAGCCAAUAAAGAGGACUGGACCGUUGUUGGCGAAGAAAAACGUUUCCUGGAUGCAAGCAGGUCGUCGCGGUUCUUCAGAGCCUUCUUCGUGCCAUUCCUCUCGGAGCACCAAACAACCUACAGCAGAUACGUCAUCCUCAAACGAAGAUCAAAGCACGGCAGGAGAAGACCUUAACCAUCACACACAUUCCUCUAGGAGUUUACCCAAAACACUGGUUUACCCUUUCCAAUGGCCGGCAGUCUUAGCUCUCUACU